UGCUCCUGAAACAGUGACCCAGAGGCUGGUGGAGAAAGAAUUCAGGGACUGACGGGAACUGAGCUUGGGAGCCAGACUGAAACUGAUUCCAAACUGACCUCUAGCAUCCAGGACCCAGACAGAGAACCAUGGGACCCCAGCAUUUGAGACCCUCGCAGCUACUCUGCCUCCUAGGGGCCAUCUUCGCUCUGCCUUGUAUGUCCUAUGGGGCUGGAUGCUAUAAGACCCCAAAAGGGUCUAAAAGGGGAGUUGUGGGUUUCAAAGGCUGCAGUCCAGCCUUGUCUUACGCCCCGCAAAUCUCCUACCUCGUUUCACCACCCGGAGUGUCCAUUGCCUCCUACAGCCGCGUCUGCCGAACUUAUCUCUGCAACAACCUCACCAAUCUGGAGCCUUUUGUGAAACUCAAGGCCAAGACUCCUAAGUCUAUAGCAUCUUCUUCCCAGAGUUGCCCAAUCUGUGUGGGCGAGCACUCGGAGAUCUGCCUCCCAAAUUUCGUCACCACUGAUACUUGCCCCUAUACUGCCCCCAAGUGUUACAGUUCCACGUUAAAAUUUCGGGCAGGGUCUCUCAACACCACCUUUCUCCUCAUGGGUUGUGCUCGGAAAUAUCAACAUCUUUUAGCAAAUUUUCACAAUAUUGGGAGCAUCAAAGUGACUGAGCAGCUCAACGUCUUAGAGAGGUCCCAGAUGGCUGAUGCCAGGCCCUCCAGGCAGAGUCCUGCUUGGAGCAUUCCCCUAGGCCUCCUGCUUGCCUUCAGAGACUGA